AUGGGUAAGACUCCUCACAAUAAUCUUCAUACGGUGGUGGAUACAAAGGUGGUUAUGGCGGCGGCGGCAGCGGCGGCGGCGGCGGUGACGAUGCGGGUGGAUUCGUCUUUGGAUCUCAACAAGGAAGCCAGGGAAACAACCAAAAGAGAAAAUGAUACGCUGCGUCCCGUGACGAUCAAGCAAAUCCUCGAUGCCGAAGAGACCUACAGCGAGUCCGGCGAAUUCCGCAUCGAUGGCGCCCAUAUUGCUCAGGUCACAUUUGUCGGCCAAAUUCGCUACGUCAACGCCUUCCAGACCAAUAUACAAUUCAAGAUAGAUGAUGGGACCGGUGUGCUUGAGUGCAAAAAGUUCGUCGAUCCAGAGAAGCCCAAGGACGGCCCCGAGUUCAAAGUACUGGAGCACGAUUACGUACGCGCAUAUGGUCGCCUGAAAUCCUUCAACAACAAUCGCAACGUUAUCCUACACUUCAUACGCCCAGUGUCAGACAACAAUGAGAUACACUAUCAUCUCCUUGAGGCGGCAGCCGUUCACCUCUACUUCGCAAAGGGCCCAGUUGGCGGCCAAGGAGCAGGCACUGUUAACGCGGGCGGUGGUGACAGCAUGUUUGUAGACGACAAUGGCUAUGGUGGUGGUGUCGGUGCUGGCGCUGGUGGCAACGCCGGCGGAGGUGUCGGUGGUAACAUGAAUCAGCACGCGGGAGGGGCUGCCAAGCUCGGCAACGUGUCGUCAGAAGCACAGAGACUGUACAACUUCAUGCUGAAUACACCCGGUGGCAACGAAGGCUUGCAUCUGCAGGUUCUUGGCAAGAGCUCCGGGAUGACGACAAGGGAAGUGCUUAAGGCUGCAGAUGAGCUGCUUGGCCAAGGCGUAAUAUACACAACGGUCGAUGAUGAGACAUGGGCAGUGUUAGAAUACUAA